AUGAAUCCCAAACGAGUAGUUGCUGACGAUGUAGAGAGUAAUGCGCCGACUCCCGUUGAAGAAGCAGCGCCUUUUGAUAGUAGACUCGAGACCAUUAGUCCUGGAGGAGAGGCGAGACAAGCCUUCCUAAAGAUGAUGAAUGAUUGCAAAUAUGCUCGGGAAUGCGUAUCUACUGAGGACAUCAUGUGUAAAAGAUUUGAAGAUGGGUUAAACGAAGAUAUCCGAUUGUUGGUUGGUAUCCUUGAGCUAAAGGAGUUUGUGGUGCUGGUUGAGAAAGCAUGCAAGGCCGAAGAAUUGGCUAAAGAAAAAGAGUUCACUACUCGAUCUAAUGCUGCUAUUGGGUAUUCGUGCAAGAAUUGGGGUAAACAGUACACGGUUUCCAAAGCUCAGAACACUUCAAUAGCUAGUGUUAGGAAUGCCCGACCCAAUAGACCAGAAUGUUCGCAGUGCGGGAGAUGUCACCCUAGCGAGUGCCAAGGAGGUGAUAAGACUUGUUUUAAGUGCGGUUCCCCUAACCACUUUAUUAGGGAUUGUCCCGAGAGGACAGAAAGAGGAAAUUUUCAAGGAACAAGAUCAGAUAGCACUGCUAAUAGGGGGAGAUCUCAGAAGAAUCCGGGUAGUGGAACGAGUAGUAAAGGUGCACAUAGGGAGUCUGCUGUGAGACCCAAGGGCAGGGCACUUGGAAGGACCUACGCCAUUCGCGCUCGGGAAGAGGCUUUAUCUCCUGACAUGAUUACGGGUACAUUUUCUAUCUAUGAUACUACUGUUAUUACUUUGGUUGAUCCGGGGUCUACCCAUUUGGGUCAUUGUUUUCCGGCUAAUCUAAUGCUAUUACCGUUUGACAAAUUUGAUGUAAUUCUUGGUAUGGAUUGGCUGACUGCUCAUGAUGUGGUAGUGAAUUGUUGA